GAUACACACGCGCAUGGAAGUGUUGGUGCCACUACAUUCACAGGUAACAAACACAGAGACAACAUAUGUCACGAACACAGCUUGUCUGAUAACACCAGCAACAGUUUCUCUGCCAAUAACAUCAAGAAACAAGCCAGUGAAUCCCCACAUGUUGGAGCCUCCGUGUUUCCGCAAACUUCCUUCAGCUCAAUGCCAUCAAGAGACAUGCGACUGACUAGCCCCUCUACAGCCAGUGAUUCCAGCCCAGGCGCCAGAUGGAGUGCACCCCCAGCUGCAGACCACAGCGGCCAUCCCCCAGCAAGCAAGAAGUUUUCCUCUCCGGCCGCCAUGGAUCAGGAUGGACCACUGAAUUUAUCAAAACCAAGAUCUCAG